AUGUUAUCUAUCUGUUCCAGACUGUUUCUAUCUAUCUAUCUAUCUAUCUAUCUAUCUAUCUAUCUAUCUAUCUAUCUAUCUAUGUAUGUAUGUAUCCCAGCCCAUCCAUAUAUUUCUCUCUCUGCCACUAUCUAUCUAUCUAUCUAUCUCAGCCCAUUCGUAUAUUUCUGUCUUUCCCGCUAUCUAUCUAUCUAUCUAUCUAUCUAUCCCAUCCCAUUCAUAUAUUUCUCUCUCUGCCACUAUCUAUCUAUCUAUCUAUCUAUCUAUCUAUCUCAGUCCAUUCAUAUAUUUCUCUCUCUCCCGUUAUCUAUCUAUCUAUCUAUCUAUCUAUCUAUCUAUCAAUCUAUCUAUGUCUCAGUCUCUCUCUCUCUCUGUCUCUUGCUUGCUCUGACGCUUGAACACCUUCGCCUGUCACUUUUUUUCAUUGCUGUUAAUGAAACAUUUUCUGUCAAACUUACUUCUCACCACCAUCGUUUUUCUUUCUUUCUUUCUUUCUUUCUUUCUUUAGGGCUUGUAUUCAGCAAUAAUCUAUCUAUCUAUCUAUCUAUCUAUCUAUCUAUCUAUCUAUCUAUCUGUUGUGUCAAGUUUCAACACUAUCUCAAACUGUUCAUAUCUAUCUAUCUAUCCAUCUAUCUUUCUAUCUAUUUCAAACUGUUCAUAUCUAUCACAAUUUUUUCGUAUCGAUCUAUCUCAAACUGUUCAUAUCUAUCUAUCUAUCUAUCUAUCUAUCUAUCACAAUCUCUUUGUAUCUAUCUAUCUAUCUAUCUAUCUAUCUAUCUAUCUCAAUCUGUUCAUAUCUAUCUAUCCAUCUAUCUUUCUAUCUAUCUCAAACUGUUCAUAUCUAUCACAAUUUCUUCGUAUCGAUCUAUCUAUUUCAAACUGUUCAUAUCUAUCUAUCUAUCUAUCUAUCUAUCUAUCUAUCUAUCUAUCUCUUCUAUCUAUCUAUCUAUCUAUCUAUCUAUCUAUCUAUCUAUCUCAAUCUCUUCAGAUCUAUCUAUCUAUCUAUCUAAAAUCCUGCAGUUCAGUCCCUUUUAUUGCUACUUUACAAUUUUUUUUUAUUUAUUUCUUCCCCAACCUGUUUAUUAUUAUUAUUAUUAUUAUUAUUAUUAUUAUUAUUAUUAUUUGUCUUCUCCCUCUACUACUACUUCUUUUUCAUUUUCUUUUUCUUCUUCUUUCGCUUCUUCUUCUUCUUCUCUUCUUCUUCGCCCUCUUAUUCUUAUUCUUCUUCUUUCUCUUCUUCUCCCUCUUCUUCUUCUUCUUCUUCUUCUUCUAGGCACUGUGUUUUCUCAGGUUGUUUGUCAUCAUGGCUCUGCACAACUAAUUUUCCUCUUAUUAAAUUUUGUAUUUUUACUAUCUCUCCUGAUACCUGUUCUGUCUACUAUUUUUUCUUUUUUUUCUUCUUCUUUUGCUUCUUCUCCCUCUUCUUCUUCUUCUUCUUCUUCUUCCUCUUCUUUUCCCUCUUUUUCUUUUUCUUCUUUCACUUCUUCCCCUUCUUCUUCUUCUUUUGCUUCUUCGUAA